UAGCUUGGUUCUGCGAAUAACAGAAUUGUAAUUCUGGUAGUGGCUUCAGUGGAUUACGACUUACGAGUUCUAAUCCUCUCGGUGGCUGGAGUUGUAGAUUUGAUAUUCAAAGUUAUUUAGCAUAGACGUAAAAUACUUAAAAUGAAUGUGAUAUCGUGUUUUUUAUUUGUUGCAAGCCUUUGGCAGCUAGCCACUGCAGAAUGGAAUACAAAAGACUACAUGAAACGAGAGCAUUCUUUGAUCAGACCGUAUCAAGGUUCUGGAAUGACAAUACCUUAUUGGGAUUUUUCUGGUAGCACAAUGGUCACAAAUAAUUAUAUUAGAUUAACUCCAGAUCUCCAAAGUAAACAAGGUGCCAUAUGGAAUUCUGUUCCUUGCCAUGUAAGGAAUUGGGAGUUCCAAAUCCACUUCAAAGUUCAUGGAAAAGGAAGAGAUCUGUUCGGAGAUGGUUUUGUCAUUUGGUAUGCUAAAGAUAGGAUGCAGUCUGGUCCAGUAUUUGGAAAUCAGGAUUAUUUCCAAGGAUUGGCUAUCAUUUUGGACACGUAUAGCAAUCAUAAUGGCCCACAUAAUCACCAGCAUCCAUACAUUUCUGCCAUGGUUAACAAUGGUUCCUUGCAUUAUGAUCACGACCGUGAUGGAACUCACACUCAACUUGCUGGCUGUGAAGCAAAAUUCAGAAACUUAGAACAUGAUACACACAUUGCUAUUAGAUACGAAAGAGAUACAUUAACUGUAUCCACGGACUUUGUGAACAAAGCUGCAUGGAAGGAAUGUUUCUCUGUAAAAGAAAUAAAGCUUCCUACUGGCUACUAUUUUGGAAUUUCGGCGACUACAGGAGAUUUAUCCGACAAUCAUGAUCUAUUAUCGAUUCGUCUGUUUGAGUUAGAUCUACCAGAUGACCCAAAAGAUCAGGAAGAUAGAUCCAACAUAUUGCCUUCGGCCGCGUUUUACGAAGCUCCACGAGAGCACAUAGACGAUCCAAAGCAAUCUACGUUAAGUAGAAUAAUGUUUUUCCUGUUAAUGCUCAUCAGUGCACUUGCGAUAAUCGCUUGUAUCGUGAUAGGCAUCAUGUGGUAUCAAAAGCAUCAAGAGAAUAGUAGGAAACGGUUUUAUUAAGUCGCUUGGCGAGAACCGACGAACUAUUCCAUUUUCAAAUUUCUCGUUUAUAUCGAAUGUUCAUUCUAAUGAGAUAAAGUGUCGUUGUAAAGUGUUCAUAAGACUGUUCAUUUGGAUAUUAGUGUAAAGAAGAACGACGGUUACUGUAUUAGCCAUUAGUCCCAUUUCCGAAAACGUCAUUCUCGAAGGAGAUUCGUACAGGAAGUAUACAUAGCAAAAACCGAUUAAACAAUAAUUAAAAUAACGUGUAAAUUGUUGCAGCAGUUGUACGGCGUGUCGAAUUAUGCUAUUGCUAUUCUGGUCCUAAUAAUGUUAAUACGUGUAGUGCACACAGUUCCUUUGCCAAAGUUUUUGUCCUCUUAGAUUGCUGCAGUUAAUCCCAUAGCUCUAAGUUCAGUACAAUGUACAUUAUUGCAUUCUUUAACACUUAGAAACCGAAGCAUCGAUGAUUUUUUAUGUAAUCAGUUUGAAUUAAGGGAUAUGAUAAUUUAUUCGCAGUGAGUCUGGAACUUGCAAGAUUUUUUAAUAAGACAUCACACACAUGGGUAGGGGACCCAGUCAGAGAAACGAGCUCCUUUUUAGGAACAAUGGAUUUCUAUGAGGUCGCACUUGACAUGAUCGAAAAGACUUUAUUGAUGUAGAUUUUAUAUUUGUACAUAAACAAACAAAACUGUUGGUAUGAAAUGGUUGCAGAGUGAUUUCAUACUGCGCAACCCUUUUUUUAUACAAAAACCAAGAAUAAAGGGAACCAAAAUCUCUGAAUAAACGAUUGUUUUGUUAAAAAGAAAGAAAAGAACAUAAUGUUAUCAUCCGUGAAAACAAUGUACAUCAUCUGUUGCCAAAUACGAAAUAAAAGUAUAUUAAAUUGUAUAAUAAAAAUUAAA